AUGGCACUGACCAAUAUAGUAUGGACGUGCUCAUCACAGGAUCUGCUUAAAGACCUGCUUGUUGGCGUAGCAUCUCGAUACGGCAAUACGAACUUUAUGUCUGCAUCAGAUUUUCUGGGAUCUACACAGCUUUGCACAGAUCAAUUAUCUGAGAAGGUUCGUGCGAAUAUAUAUACGUUUCAGCAUUAG